UAUUUUUUCACGAUCAACCUUAGUUGUUCGUGCAAAGAUUCAUGAUAAUAAAAAAGUAGUUUCCUAGCCUGCUGGCCAUCAAAAUGGCUACUGUGCCAGAUCUCCCUAUCCCCAUCUCCUUCAUUUCUGGCCGCCACCUCCUAUUUUCCGCCGAUGCUGUCACGUAUCUGCGGAGGGAGCACAAUAUCUGCGGUGUUCUCAUGGGCACACUACCACAUGUCCCUCAACAAAAUGUCUUCCUAGGUCUUCCCUUGCAACUUAUGCCCGAGGAAGCACGGCUCUUGGUGGAGCAGGGAGUAGCCCGUAUUGUUGAUGAAGCCAAGAACCAGAAUAAUGGCGUUCAAUCGCUCAUUGAAGCAGACAAGCGCCGAUACUUUGCAAAUUUAGAAAAAGAAGGGCUCGACCUAUCACAUGCUUUGCUUGACAAAAAGGAAGCCCACCGUGAAGUCGCAUUGAGAAAACAAGCGCAACGGAACAAGGCAAAGACUAAGGCCAAGGCCGAGAUUCCUGAUGACGCUCUUCUUGAUCAUGAAGCGGAGGAUGACAGUCUCUUUGGACCAGGCCAUCGCGCGAAAAGUCCAUCCUCAUCGUCUACAGCUUCAUCAAGCCUGGGUUUUGCGAUGGCUAUCACGCCAGCAACAACCUUUCCACUAAUUCCCUACCAGGCACCAGAAAAAUACACUAUGCCCCUACCAACGGUACCAUCUUCUUACCCUGUCUAUGCACAUCUGCAUUCACGCGGGUUUUUCCUCACCCCGGGACUGCGAUUUGGAUGCCAAUACACAGCAUACCCCGGCGAUCCGUUACGGUUUCAUUCGCAUUUCUUAGUAGUUGGAGCUGAAUGGGACGAGGAGAUCGAUUUGAUGGAAAUCGUCUCAGGCGGUCGACUAGGAACUGGAGUUAAAAAGGGAUAUCUGUUUGGCGGUGCCGAGCCAGGGGACCCCGCAGAUGAUGCUACCUCUAAUGUUCGCACUUUUAGCAUUGAAUGGGCAGGCAUGUGAGGUAUAUUGUGGCGACUGAUAAUCAAUUCAUAUUCCUUUUGCUGGAACGCGAAGGGGUCAUCCUGACUCAACCUACCUUGUUACAACAAAGUUGGUUUAUUGGAUAGCAUUCUCGGCCGGGUUCAUAGUGCCACCUGGUGAAGACUGAAGUGCAAAGUACUUGAUGCAGUACAAAUUCCGCGCUCUUCUUACCAGUGGUCUUCGCUGUCUACAGCCAUUCUCGAAAGAAUGUUUAUAUUGAGAGAUAAAUCUCAAUCGCAGCCUCGUGGGAAACCACAGUCCCGAUUCAGUGUCAGAUUGAUUGCUAGAAUACAUCAAUCUGGCGUAGUGCGUGGUCAACUAUGGCCAUACACACCGCGGUGCCUAGGGAAGAAAGAGAAGAAAUACAAGCAAAUUUGCUUAGUUUAUUAAUGCAAUCUAUAUGGAA